AAGUAUUCACAGUGAGGACGAUAUUAGAGCGUGCUAUUUUAAAUAUCGAUCUUUCUGAAGCUGCACGCAGUCCUUGAGACACCCGUGUACUGCUAUCCGGCCACAUUUGCUACUUCUGGCGAGGGUUCUGAGGCAUUCCAGUCAAUUUUGUUUCUGCAGUCUACAGUUGAAGGAACGUUUUCCACAAUGACAGAUGCAAAGAAACCACGCAUGGAGAAGAGGGGCCUUCUGGAGCGGCUGAACGCAGGGGAAGUUAUCAUUGGAGAUGGUGGCUAUGUGUUUGCGCUGGAGAAGCGCGGAUACGUGAAGGCUGGGCCCUGGACACCAGAGGCAACCAUAGAAUUUCCGGAAGCAGUUAAACAGCUUGCUCGGGAUUUCCUGCGCGCUGGUGCCGAUGUCAUGCAGGCGUUCACUUUCUACGGUAGCGACGACAAACUAGAAAACCGUGGCAACGUGUCCCAAGAGAAGCAUACUGGUGCAGCUGUCAACAUCGCGGCCUGCGAGAUCGCCCGAGAGGUUGCGGAAGAGGGGAAUGCCCUGGUGGCCGGGGGCGUGUCCCAGACCCCCAAUUACCUCUCGGGGAAGGGCAAGGAGGCGGUGCAGGAACAGUUCCGCAAGCAGGCCGAGGUCUUCAUUGAGAACGAUGUGGACUUCCUCAUUGCUGAGUAUUUUGAGCAUGUGGAGGAGGCAGUGUGGGCCGUGGAAGAACUGAAGAAGACGGGCAAGCCGUUGGCCGCUACGCUAUGCAUCGGACCGGAGGGCGAUUUGCACAACGUGUCGGCUGGCGAAUGUGCCGUUCAGCUGGCCAAGGCAGGUGCUGACGUGGUGGGCCUGAACUGCCACUUUGGUCCAGUCAAGACCCUUGAGGCCAUCCGUCUAAUGAAGGCAGCCCUGGACAAGGAAGGCUUGAAGCCCUUCCUCAUGACUCAGCCGCUGGGCUUCAAGACUCCCGACGUGGGCAAACAAGGAUUCAUUGAUCUGCCGGAGUUCCCCUUUGGUCUGGAACCCCGCAUCCUGACCCGCUGGGACUGCCACAAGUACGCCCGCGAAGCCUACGAGAUUGGCGUGCGCUACAUUGGCGCCUGCUGCGGCAUGGAGCCGUACCACGUGCGGGCCAUCGCUGAGGAGCUGGCCUCCGAGCGGGGCUGCCUGCCGCCCGGUUCGCAGAAGCAUGGCUUGUGGGGUGACGGCCUGCGCCAGCACACCAAGCCAUGGGUUCGCGCCAGGGCUCGCCGGGAGUAUUGGGAGAAUCUGAAGCCGGCCAGUGGACGCCCCAAUUGUCCCUUGGUCUCCAGCCCGGAUGGCUGGGGCGUGACCCAGGGGGACAAAGAUCUGCUGCAGAAGAAGGAGGCUACCACUGACGCUGAGCUCCAGGAGCUGUUCCAUAAGUAGGCAGGAGACAGGCUUGUGAGGGGGGUGAAGCGAUGCCAGCGUUUGCAAGCUGGCUCGGUUUCAGGGUUCCAAGAAAAAAAAGCUCGUGGAUAUUUUUGAUAAACUUUUCAUAGGUUUUUUUCUUUUGUCUGCUGCAGUGUUUUUUCCCCGUUUUUCCUUCUUUUUGAAAUUUGUAAUUCACUUGUUACCAGUAAACAAAACUCUGUAAGAUUUGUUAAUGAAAAGUAAACCUCAAUAUAAAAAGUGAGUAUGAGAGAAGCAGUUUCGUACAAAUCAUGUAUUCCUUGAUUAGUAUUUUGUUUACGGUAGCGGUACGCUUGUAUUCUGAAAUGCGGAACGGACGUUCUAAACUUGGAAGAUGUUGUACAUGAUGUUGCAGUAUCUCUUCAAGGACAUACAGACAAAGCAGCUCAGAAUUUCUGAAUUGAGUAAGGUACCGUAUGGUUAACCUGAUCAGUAUGCGUGGUGCAGUUUUUAGCUAAGUUUAAGUAACAUAGGAGAUUUCUGUCCACUGAAAGUUAACUUGAUCUCCAAGACAGUAUGGCUUUACAGGGUUCGUGCAGCUUUUAUGUAUACCCCACUUUUGUGGUUUAGCGACUGCUUUAAGCAGACAGCAGAAAAGUGUGAACUGCAGCACUAUAAAUCCCAAUGAAGUGUACGCAUACCGUGUGCACACGAAUGCACUGAUUUCAGCAAUUCAGGAAUGUUGUCCUACCCUUUGUAUGGAUGGAAAGUCUCCCCCCCCCCCAUUUGGAGCUCAGGAUCAAGGCAUGUGGAGCAAUGUACGUUGGUGAAUAGUGUUCUUGCAGACCAGAUUGCCGUGUUCGUAAGACCUGGGACUUUUUUUUGAGAGGAAGGGGUGGAAGUUGUUCAGUUUUGUGAUGUUUGCUGAAAUAGUUCCAGACAUUACCGGGUGAGGUGCAAGAAUUGAACAGGAUUUUUGAAGCUGAUUAAUAGUUGCUUGUGCUACUUAGUAGAAACUGUAAGUAAUUGGCUGUUUUUCAAUAGUUGACAGUCUUAAAAUUGGGAGGACAAUGCAAGCCCUUUUUUUUUUUUGGCACCUUUAAAAGGUCAUUUACCACUAUUCGUGACUGGACUGUUGGCCGCAUUUCAGAGGCAUGCUCACUUGACUAACUUCAAAGUUGCUUCUCACACACUGGUAUGGAAGCACAUUUGUUCAAAAAGGUCUUCUUUCCUUUAAAAGCAGCAGAUGAUUCAGAAAGGUCCCAGAUGCAUUCCAGCGACCAUAGUUCUUCUCUAGGAUGUUAGACGAAUUUAAAAAAGAGGUUGUUUUUAGUAAUAAAAACAAGCAUCCCUUUAAGUGUGAACCUCUAA